GCAAAGAAAACGACUCAGACCGAGUCAGCUGGCCGAGAAGCAGUGAUAUAUCAGCGAUAACAAUAGCAGGGACAUUCUUUCCAACCAGAUAUUGUAGUGCGACCGCUAAACGAAAGAAGGCGAGCACUGUUUUGCAGCAAGUACACUCGCCGUAGCAGUCGGACUUGAAUACGCCACGUGCCGAAGGUGCUCGCGAUAACAGGCAACUCAGUACAGAGGCUAUGUGGAGCAUUGGCUGCACCCUGCUUGUCGCACUGGUCGUCUUUGUUUGUCACCGCCUAAGCCGCUGGUUUAUCAGGCAGCGUCGUAAAUGCUUCGACGCUUUCGAUGGCACGGGAGUACCAACUGUGCCGCUCCGGAGCCUAAUCAGCGGCAAUUCGCAUGAUUUCUGGAAACCCACUACAAUCAAGAGGCUCGACGAAUGGAUAAAAGAAUACGGCAACGUCUUUGGCUUCUUUAUAGGCGAUACGCCGUUCAUGGUGGUCAAGGAUCUGGACAUGAUAAAUGAAAUAUUCAUCAAGGAGUCAAACAAGUUUUCAGGGCGUGGCCACAUGUUUAACAUCUUCGAGAAGGAUCCACUCUUCGCUAAGUACAUCAUACUUUCGAAGGGUCCCACGUGGAAGAGUUCUCGAAACUGCAUGUCGCAGUUCUUCACGUCCUCCAAGCUAAGAGCGGUGAUGCCGUCUCUGCUGCACGCCCAACAGCAGUUCAUCGAUGUCUUGGGCGAGCAUGCUGACCGCGGCGUGGAGGUGGACAUCAACAGCCUCUGCGAACGCUUCACUUUCGACGUGAUUGGCAAGGCGGCGUACGGCAUCGACACGAACGUGCAACGGAACCCUGAGUACCCGUUGUUCAAGGAUGCACUCGCCGUCCUUCCGAACGUCAAUUCGGGCCUUCUUUACCAUCUUGCCCAGAGCCUCUACCACUGGCCAUGGCUCCUUAACUUACCUGCCAAGGUUCUAGGUGUGUUCUACGCCAAUCCUCUGGCUGACAUGACUAGGAAGUCCACAGAAAUUAUUCAAUAUCGGAGAAAAAAUCCUCAGGUGAGAGUACCAGAUAUGGCUCAAAUUCUCCUCGACGGUCUGCUCAAUACGGAAGAAUCUGAAGUCGGGAAACGUGAUGUCACCGCAGAAAGGAAAGCCCCACUACCAAAUGAGAUACUGAACCAGCUUUCAUCCAACUGCAUGACGGUAUUCCUUGGAGGAUACGACACCACGAGGCUGGUUUUGACUUGCUGGUUUUACCUGAUGGGAAGACAUCCGGAGGUGCAGGAGAAAAUGCGUCAAGAGGUGCUCGAAGCAUUUGAAAAAGAGGGAGACCAGCUGUCUUUGCUGACUCUGACGACCCUUCCUUACUCAAACCAAGUCAUUUCUGAGACGAUGCGGCUAUACCCUCCUCUCAUCACAUUUACCACACGGUGUGCGGAUGAAGAUUAUCGUUACGGAAAGUAUGUCAUCAAACAAGGAACCUCGGUUAUGGUGCCUACGUACCAGCUGCACCAUGAUCCAGAAUACUGGAACGAGCCGGAAAAAUUUGACCCAGAAAGGUUCAGUCCGGAAAACAACAGACUCAUUAACCCAACUGCCUACCAGCCUUUCGGCCUGGGGCCGCGUAUAUGCAUCGGUCAACGUCUCGCGCGUGCCGAGUUGGUCUCAGCUGCCGCGCAAACGCUGCGUCACUAUCGGAUCACCCUGGGCAGGAGUCAGAAGCGAGACCUGGAUAUAUGCACCUACUCUAUUAUGGCGGCACCUAAAGAGAAAGUGUUCAUCCGACUGCGUAAGCUGCAUGGUGUGACGUGAGCUCACCACUAACCCAACUAAGG